GACUACCCAAACACUAACCAUAAAAUCCGCCCACCACCACCACCACCACCACUCCGCCACCCUGACUCAGACUACCCAAACACUAACCAUAAAAUCCGCCCACCACCACCACCACUCCGCCACCCUGACUCAGAUAAUGUUUCGGUUUUCUUACCUUUUGCCCCCAAAUGGUUUUCUCUUCCUUAGAUCCACCACCACAGUCAGAGCAACUGUGGUAUUUUUUGCCUAUGCCGGAUUUGUGACAGUUGCUAAUUCAGCUGAAGAAUCUGAAAGACCACAGUGUGGUGGUGGUGGUGGGGUUUAGAGUUAGUGUUUGGGUUGUGAAUGCACCAGAACAAUGGAAGAAGAAGAGGAAGAAGGUCGGGUAAUCAUGUUCAGAGGAUUGGACUGGGUCAGGUGAACCAGAUUUCCACAAAAGAAUGGAAAUAUCUUCCAGAUCUUUGAAAAGCAUGAAGAAGUGAGGAAAAUUAAACAUUGUUCAUGGAAGUCUAUAGAAGUCACAUAUCGCCUUCCCUCCUCACCAACAAGCACUCAGAUCACAUAUGGCACUUUCCGGUAAUUCGAACUUUUUACUUUUUCAUGGCCUUGUUCUCGUACUUCUAUGUUUUUUGUUAGAGGUUUGCACUUCCAUAGACACAAUUACACCCACACAAUUCAUCAAAGACCCUGAAACUAUAGUCUCCAUUGGAAAUACCUUCAAACUUGGAUUCUUUAGUCCUGGAAAUUCUACAAAUCGUUAUGUUGGUAUCUUGGAUAACAUCCCUGCAACAACUGCGGUAUGGGUUGCUAAUAGAGAUAAGUCUCUGAAUGAUUCAUCUGGGAUUUUGACAAUAUCCGAGGAUGGCAAUCUGGUAAUCCUAAAUGGGCAGAAAGGGAUCAUUUGGUCAUCAAAUGUUUCAAAUCCAGUGGCCAAUUCGAGUGCCCAGCUUCUGGAUACCGGGAACCUUGUCUUACGAGACAACUCUAGUGGAAGGAUCAUAUGGGAGAGUUUUCAACAUCCUUCGGACUCAUUCUUACAGAAGAUGACAGUUAGUACUGAUGCAAAGACAGGUGAGAGGACUCUGCUGACAUCAUGGAAAAGUCCCUCGGAUCCAUCCAUUGGAUCUUUCUCUGCCGGAAUUGAUCCUCUAAUCAUCCCGCAGUUUUUUGUAUGGAAUGGUAGUCAUCCAUACUGGCGUAGUGGUCCUUGGAAUGGUCAAGUUUUUAUUGGAGUUCCAAUAAUGCGUAGAUCAUAUAACACUGGAAUUAAUAUUGUCGACGACAAAAAAGGAACUGUUUAUCUAACUCCAAACUUUGACAACGAGUCCAUGGUAGUCUACACGUUCUUGAAUACUGAAGGAACUCUACAGGAGAAGUAUCGGUUUGUUGGGAAAGAGGACUGGAACGUGUUGUGGUCGCUGCCAGAAAAUGAGUGUGAUGUUUAUGACAAGUGUGGUCCAUUUGGAAGCUGUAAUUCACUGAAUUCACCAAUUUGUACCUGUUUAAGAGGAUUUGAGCCAAAGCAUAAGGAGGAAUGGAGUAGACGAAAUUGGUCUAGUGGAUGCAUAAGAAAGACACCAUUGCAAUUUGAUAGAAACAAUACCGUCAAUGAAAAGGGCAAAGAGGAUGGAUUUUUGAAGCUUGAAAGAGUAAAAGUACCAGAUUUUGAGGUGUGGUCACCUGCUCUAGAAGACAAUUGUGGAAGCCUGUGCUUGAAUAACUGUUCAUGUACAGCUUAUUCAUAUUACUCUGGAAUUGGGUGUAUGCAAUGGAGUGGAAGUCUAAUUGACAUCCAGAAAUUCCCGGAUGGUGGGGCGGAUCUUUACGUUCGAGUGGCAUAUUCAGAGCUUGAUGAAAAGAAGAGCAUGAAAACAGUUCUCGCAACUACAAUAAGCAUAGGAUCAGUAACCAUUGCCAUCUGCAUAUACUGUUCUUGGAGGUGGAUUGCCAAACACAGAGGGAGGAAGCAGAAAAGUAAGCGAUUAUUAUUUAGAAGGGCAGAACUGUAUCCGGAGUAUUCUACUGAAAAUUUGCUUCAAGAGAAUACCCACCAAAUUGGACUUGAAGAGCUGUCACUAUACAGUUUUGAGGAUUUGGCAAAUGCAACAGAGAACUUUCAUUCUGCUAAUAAGCUAGGUCAGGGUGGCUUUGGUCCAGUAUACAAGGUAAUGCUAGUUCAUCUUAGUUUUAUGCCGUAUAGAACCAUAUCGAAUUGAUGGCUCUUAUUUAGUUAUUUUCAGGGAAAACUGCUAGAUGGACAAGAAAUAGCUGUGAA